UGCUAAUCUCCGAAGACAUAAAAGAACAACCAACUAUUUGGAAGCUGAAAUGCCGAAGCUGUCCAGUCCUGUCCCCACCCGUUCAUUCAAACCGGCCCUUAAUUUAAUUUAUCUACUCGGUGGCGAAAAAGCGUCUUAUCUAAGAGACAAUUCACUUCAUUUCUAACCAAUGGCUUCGAGGAGUUGCUUCGCCCUUUGGAGCAAAUCUCCCUACCAACAGAACGGCGGCUCCAAGUCUGCGUUCCCUAAACCUUUCUUCUCAAAUUCACUGCCCAAAGAUUCUCUCUUAAUAAGAAAUCACGACCCGCUGCCAUUAUCAUUGUGUUCAACUAAGAGAAAGCUUUACCUCGCAAUCCUUGCUCUAAUCAUCAAUGAGUCUUUACCAGACAUUUCUAAUACCGUUUUGGCUCUACAGUUGGAGAAGCUUGAGAGAUACACGGAUGCCAAGGAAGGGUUCACUCUUCUCAGACCCUCUUCUUAUGUUAAGGUGGAUAAAGCGGGAGCAACCGUACUGUUUGAGGAGGUGAAUAAGGCAAGUAACAAUAUAGGGGUUGUGGUGAAUCCGGUUCGUCUCACCAGCCUCGGUGAAUUCGGGAGCCCUCAGUUUGUGGCUGACAAGCUUAUCCAAGCUGAAAAGCGCAAAGAAAGUACGAAGGAGGCAGAGGUAAUUGCAGUGGCUGAGAGAUCAGGUCAUGGAGGUGUACAAGUGUAUGAAUUCGAGUAUAAAGUUGACAGCACAAGGGGAGGGAUGAAGAGAAUCUUCUCAGCAGCAUUUGUGGCCUCUAAGAAGAUUUACCUCCUAAACAUUGUGCAGUCAGAUAAGCCAGAGAGUCCUCUUGACACUGAUACAAGGAAGAUGUUAGAAGAAGUGCUUCAUUCAUUUGAUGUAGCAUAUAUGACUUGACUUUAUACUGCUUACUUUCAAGACAAUUGCCUAGUAAUGCACACUUCUGCUUCAUAAUCCUAAGGUUGCAAACGAUAAUGUAUAAUGGCUUACAGAGGUUGUAUGGAUGGCAGAGAAUUGGUCAUCUCUAAUCAUUCUUUUCGAGGGCUAACUGCGGCUACAUUAGAGUUCUUACAGAGCUGAAAAGGUGUGGUGGAAGUGUUUGAUGGUUAGGUGCUCCUUCGAUUUUAAGCAAAAGAUUGUAUUUUCAUUAUUGGGCCUUUUUUAUUUUAUUUUUUUGGACCUUUGUAAUUUUAAUUAUAUAUUUACAAGUAAUUUCCAUAUUUGUAAUUAUGAGAAGUAGGAGUGAAUAUGGUAUAUUCCUACUUUGUAGCUCAUUUAUAUUUUAUAUAUAUGAAAGAGGAGAUUCCGUAA